UUCCCCGCCUCUCGAUACGGAACACAACCAGUUUCCAGGUGGCUCGAGUCCGCACUGGUCACGGCAAGCCCGGAAGGUGAGCAGAAAGCAAUCAUGUGGCUCACCGUGGCGAUUUUUGCCGUCGCCCUGCUCGCUUUCUGCCUGAAAUACGUCUUCGCGACUUCCGGAUCCAAUCCCUUUGAGGCGGACACGCGAGAACCGCUGAAGCCGAUGGUCCAUGACAGGAAAGAGAAGAACAAAGUGUUGAAACAAGGCUUCUUGGCCAGUAAAGUACCUGAAAACUUGGACGCCGUCAUCAUCGGCAGCGGGAUCGGCGGGUUGGGCCUGGCGGGGCUUCUGGCUAAAGUGGGCAAGAAGGUUCUGGUUCUGGAGCAGCACGACCGGGCCGGCGGUUGCUGCCACACGUUCACCGAGAAGGGUUUCGAAUUUGACGUCGGAAUCCACUACAUCGGCGAACUGCUGGACCAUAAGCCGUUCCGCUGCAUCGUGGACCAGUUGACCAACGGGCAGCUCCAGUGGGAGCCACUGGAGAAUCCGUUUGACCACGUCGUGAUCGGGCCACCGGAAAACCGGCGCCGUUACCCCAUCUACAGCGGGCGGACGCGCUUCCCCGAGGAGCUGAAGAAGCUCUUCCCGGGCGAGGAGGCAGCCAUCGACGAGUACUUGCGACUGGUCAAGAAAACGACCCGCGGCAUCUGGUUCAUGGUCCUGAUCAAGCAAUGUCCGGCCUUCUUGUCGGAGCUGCUGGUACGCACCGGCGUGGUCAAAUAUCUCUCCGCGUUCUUCGAAAUGGCGCCCCGCAGCUUGACUGAAGUAGUCAACGGCCUGACUGAGAACAAGGACCUCCGGGCCGUCUUUUGUUACAUCUUUGGCACCUACGGUGCGAUGCCAAAAGAAGCCAGCUUCGCCAUGCACAGCGUGCUGGUCAAUCACUACCUGAACGGGGCCUGGUACCCCAAAGGCGGCGCCAGCGAAAUCGCCUACCACAUCAUCCCCAUCAUCGAGAAGGCGGGGGGCGCCGUUCUGGUGCGAGCGCCCGUAAACCGCAUCCUGUUUAACGACGAGCGGGAAGCGUGCGGUGUUAGUGUCGUGAAGGGCCAGGAGGAGGUCCACAUCCGCGCUCCCAUUGUCAUCUCCAACGCGGGUAUCUUCAACACCUACCAGAAGCUUCUGCCCAAAGAACUCCAGGCCAUGCCGGCAAUCCAGAGACAAUUGAGCAUGAUGAAGCACGGCUUAGGCGGCCUCAGCAUCUUCGUGGGACUCAACGGGACCAAGGAGGAGCUCGGCCUCAAAGCCGACAACUACUGGAUCUUUUCUGAGAACAAUUUAGACGAAUUGGUGACCGAGUACAUUGAGGGUGACAGGGAGGAGUCCUCCAAAAAAAUCCCCCUCCUGUUUGUCGCCUCCCCGUCCGCUAAGGAUCCCACCUGGGAGGAGAGGUCGCCAGGCAAGUCCACAGUGAGUCUGGUCAGCUUCGCCAAUUACGACUGGUUCGAGGAGUGGAAGGACGACAAGGUGACCAAUCGAGCGUCUGACUACAAGCAGCUCAAGCAGGCGUUCAUCGACACCGCCCUGCAGGUGGUGCUGGACGUGUUUCCGAAAAUAACGAGGGACAAGGUGGAAUACAUCGACGCCGGCACGCCCAUCACCAACACGCACUACAUCGGAACCCCCAAGGGCGAGAUCUACGGGGCGGACCACGGCCUUGAGCGCUUCACCCCGGAGCUCAACGCCAGCGUGAGGCCCCAGACGCCGUUGAAGAACCUCUACCUGACAGGUCAAGAUGUGUUCCUGUGCGGCUUCGCAGGCGCGCUGGCCGGCGCGCUCACUUGUGGCUCGGCAAUACUCCACCGCAAUUUGCACCUGGAUGCCGUGGCGCUAGCCAAGAAGACCAAGUUUGUCAACGGCAAACUGAAGGGGGUCUAAUCGGGACGAGAAGGGGCUACUGGCUUGACCAAAAUGGCUUUUUUAAUAUAAAAAAGAGAAUGUGCUCAUCA